AUGAGGGAGAGUGAGGGCUACAGCGCCCCCUACAGGCGAGGCAGCGACUGUACGUCGCAGGGGUCUGUGACUGGCAGCAGGACCUCCCUGCAUGCGGCUGGAGUGGGAGAGGAGGAUGAGGAGAGGACGAGGGAAACUGCGGACUGCGAUUCGGAGGAGCCAGAUGACCUGGAGCCCCGGAGGCCCCCGCCAGCCCAGGGGGACGCCGCGAGGGAGCGCAAGGACCGCCUCGGCCAGCAGGAGGCGCCGGAUGGGGGCUGGGGCUGGGUGGUUCUGGUAGCCACCAUCGUGGACCUGGCGCUCACCCUGGCCUUCCCCUCCUGCAUCGGCAUCUUUUACACGGACCUGCAGACAGAAUUCAACGCCAGCAACUCAGAGACUUCCUGGGUGCCAUCCAUUAUGACUGCAGUACUGCACGCUGGGGGCCCCCUGUGCAGUGUGCUGGUGGAGCACUUUGGCUGCCGGCCCACCGUCAUGGUGGGCGGAGUCAUGAGCGGCGCGGGAAUGGCGGCCAGCUCCUUCGCCCGCUCCAUCACUGAGCUCUACAUCACCGCCGGGGUCGUCACAGGUCUGGGUUUCUGCUUCUGCUUCCAGCCGGCGGUGACGAUCAUGGGUCACUACUUCGUGCGGCGACGGGCUUUCGCUAACGCCAUGUCGUCCACGGGCACGGCGCUGGGGCUGUGCUUCCUGCCGCUGCUCGCCCACUUCCUGCUGGUGCGACUAGGCUGGCGGGGCAGCUUCCUGGUGCUGGGGGCGCUGCUACUCAACUGCUGCGUGUGCGGGGCUGUCAUGAGGCCCGUGGGGGGGCGCGGGCGGGGCCGGGGGCGGGGCACGGGGGCGGGGUCCCCGCAGCCCAACGGGCACCUGUCGGCCCGGGAGAAGGAGGGGCUGAAGGGUGGGGUGAGGGCGGUGCUGGACUGUCUGUUCGCUUUCCUGCGCAGGCACAUGGCCUUCGACCUUUUCCUCAGCAACCGGCGCUACCGGGCGUUCACGCUGGGCGUCACCUGGAUGAUGCUAGGCUUCGUGGUGCCGCUGAUCUACCUGGUGCCGUACGCCACGGCGAGCGGCGUGGAGCCGGCCCGCGCCGCCCUGCUGCUGGCCGCGCUGGGCUUCGUCAACGUCUUCGCCCGGCCCCUGGCGGGGCUGCUGCUGGGCCUGCCCAGCCUGCGCGGCCGCCGCCGCCUGUACGCCCGCGCCUUCGCCGCCGCCCUGCUGGUGAACGGGCUGAGCAACGUGGUGUGCGGCGUGGCCGGCUCCUUCCCCGCGCUGCUGGCCUAUGCGCUGGCCUUUGGCCUCUCCAUGAGCGUGGUGGGCUCGCUGCUCUUCACUGUGCUCAUGGACACCGUGGAGAUGGAGCGCUUCCCCGCCGCCCUCGGCCUGCUCACCAUCAUGGAGAGUGCCACACUGCUGGUGGGGCCGCCCCUCGCAGGCAUGCUGGUGGACAGCACUGGGCAGUACGCCUACGUCUUCUAUGCCUGCAGUGCGUCUGUGGUCUCCGCCGCCCUCUUCCUCAUGGGUUCCUUCUAUUGGCUGGACAGAGAGAGACACGGGGAGGAGAAGGAGCUGCCCCCCUCACUCUCCUCACCCGGCUCACCCGCUCGCCCACCCAGGCCGGCCCUCUCUCUCUCCACACACUGCCUCUACAGCAGCGUCCCCACACAGGGUGCCCGGGGCCUGGAGCCCACUGAGUUUGUGUACAUCACCAGCGUCUGAGGAGACACACACACACACACA